AAUGAUACUAUGGAAACCUAUUGAAGAGAAAGCAACAACUAAAUUCAAAGUGUUUAAACGAUAUAUUAAAGAUGGAAAUGCACAAUUUGAACUUGAACGAAAUCAGACAGGAUAUUUUAUUAAAUGCUUUACCGUCUAUUACCUUUCAAAGUUCCUUUACAAUUCAUUUUCGCAACCUUUAUACAUAGAAGCCGAAUCUCAUACGGUUGAUUUAGUAGAAAAUCCAGUUCUAAAGAAACAUUUUAAGUCAAUUAAAAUUGAAAGAGGUGAAACUACUAAAAUUAAAAUUCUAACAGAACGCCGAAUAUGUAAACAUGGUUUUGCUUGCAAAAUAAAUAUUUAUCAAAAUUAUGAAGAUCAUGGAGUCAGUGAACCAAUAGAAGACUGUAUAAUUAUGCCGAUAAAUGAUUUAUAUUUAUAUUUUAUUGAAGUUGAUUUCGACUUGUGUCUAAGUAAGGGAAACCAUCCGAAUUAUUGGAAAAAUAGUACCAAAUUUUUAAGAAUAAGUACACGAACAAGCUAUAAAUAUAGUUUAGAGGAGAGUUUUUUUGAAUUUCUAGUAAUUGAAUACAAUAGAAAACCCAAAAAGGAGGUAGAUAAUAUAGGAUUUUUCAAUCCUAAGCCAUCUACUAUUGAUGUGCAUUUAGGUCAACUAGACGUAGAACUGCCUUGUAUACCUAAAAAUAAAGCUUAUGUUACUUGGAUAUAUAAUGGUGACAUUUUGGAUGAAACAUCUAAAGACUAUUCCUUCGAACCAAAAAAUUAUAAAUGGAUAUUAAGAAUAAAAAAAUGUACUAUUGAUAAUACGAAACAUCCGUAUUCAUGUACUAUCUUAACUCCCAAAUAUCAGUACGAAACAAAAAUAUUCAAGAUUCGUGCAUUUAAACCUGUAAAAAUAUUAACUAAAUGGCCUAAAUAUGAAGUACAUGAAAAUGAAGCUAAAGUAUCAUUGUUUUGCGAAGCAGUAGGCUCUAAAUUUAUAAAUGUACAUUGGCAAAUAACUCGUAACUUGUCUUUAGAAUAUCAAGAAAGCACAAGUGGUAACAUUUUUAGAAUAUACGAAGGCUAUACGAAAAGCUUUAUAAGUCUUCAAUCAAAGACUUGUUUAACCGUCUAUUGUACAGCGGAGAACUAUGAUGAUAAGACGAACACUUUAUUCUUCGAUAUGAUAUCUAUUGUAAUUUAUAUUACAGCUCUUACACUUUUACUUGUUCUUGGUUAUUUUGUCGCAAAGGGUCGAACAAAGAGAGUUCAAACCAUCAAUUUACCCUUGUCUCGUUCUUCUGUUCUCAGUCACGCUUUGUCACAAAGAACUUUAAAAGAAAUGGAUACUUCUCAAAUGGCGCGAAAGAUAUUCGUUGAUGCUUUACGGGAAACAUGUCCAAAAACUCUUGGAUUCUUGGAUAUUGCUAAUGCCUCAAAAAUUUCGAGAGAUGCCUGUAUGUCACCGUGUUCUAUGAUGUUGGGAAUGAUCUACAUUGAAAGAUUAAAAAAAUCGAACAAAGGAUACUUGAAGUCAAUCACUGGUUCUGAACUCUUUCUCAUUUCGAUGAUGGUUGCUUCGAAAUACUCUUUUGACCAAGAUCAAGAUGAGGCUGUUUUCAAUGGCGAGUGGGCUGAAAGUGGAGAUUUGGAAACGUCUGAAAUUAAUGACUUGGAAAGAGAAUUUCUAACCGCAAUUAACUGGAAUCUUUUCAUAGAAAGAGAUGACUUUUACAACACUCUGAGCAAACUAGAAUAUUUAAUUGCAUGUAAACAAGGAAGAGAUCGAGGUUAUUGGACUUAUACCGAUUUAUCAGUUAUUUUAGAAAAUUUCAACUUGGCAAAAUAUUUAAGUACUUUUACGUCAGAAAUGUUCAAGGUUUUGAUAGCGAUAUCUCUUUCGUAUGUGAUCGGGGUUACAGCUAUAGCCGCUUCCCUGUCUGCCACACUAGUUAUUUCUCAAGCUCUCAAAACGAACGAAACAGGAACAUUCAACAGUCUACCGUCAACAAUAAAAUAUACCAUAGAUAGAUUCUACAACAAGGACGAAAGAUUUAACUUCCGGUGCAAUCCAGGAUGUUGUUCACAAGAACACCAAAGUAUUUGUCGAAAUGUAACUAAAGAUACGUCUGCUACUGAAACCGAAUCCAACUGUUUAAAUGAACUUGAUGCUAAAAAUAUUGAAAAUGGCUUUUGCUGCUGUUGUAAAGAGACACUGCUUGUUCAAUCAUACGGUAAUUUGGAAAGAUCUAUAUUCAAUUUACAUCUCGGAUUUUCAACGGGUCCAGGCCUUAAUUCUGAACAAUUACUUGUCAAGUAA